AUGGCUGGGUGUCAAUUCGGAUCCCCAGACCUCGUAACCUCGAUAUCUGGCACGACAGCAACACCGACCUUCGCUUUCGAUGCGGCGAACACGAACUACUUUGGCCUAGUAGGCAGUUUCACAUCCACUAAUGGCACUGUCUGUUCAUUCCCCACCCGCUCAGUAGCACUUGGAAGAACCUCCACCUACGCCAUCACGCCCCUCAUUGUGACUACCAGUGGUCUUACAGGGAAGACGACCACAUGCUCUGUGCUUGCGCCGCCGUCGAUCACUCCUUCUGUUGGCGGCUCGACUACGUAUUCCGGGAUCGAAUGCCCGACCGCCAUCGAUAACCAGUUCGCCCCUGGAACUUACACGCUCAGAUUCAGCCAACCAGUUGUGGUUGGGGCACCGAGUAUCUCAUCGCGUGUAUUUGUUGUCGCUUCGCCAAUAUUCGUUACUGAUAGCGUGGCUGCUACCUUUCUCCAGACCACGACCGCGUCCGCAGCUACGGCGUCUACGUCCACCGUCACGGAAUUCACUUCUACAGCUACCGAGACUGCUUCUUCAGGUGCCUCAACUACAACCAUUAUUGGCUCAGCAGCAACCACCAUAACCGUCAAGGAACUGAUUCAAACAUGUGCGAACGCGACAUCUACCAUCGCGUCUCCAACCUCAUCAUCAGAAAGCGCAUCUCCAACAGCCACCCUUCCCGUCUCUCUCAACGGCCAGUGUGGAAAUUCCACUGGACAGACCUGCCUAGGCUCGACGUUUGGAAACUGCUGCUCCUUGUACGGCUAUUGCGGAGCCAGCGACAUCUACUGCCUAACCACCGAAGGAUGCCAGUCCGAAUACGGGACCUGCACCACCCCAUCUCCAGUCUCCAGCAGCGCCAUGCCCACAUCAACUAUCCCCGUCUCCCUAGACGGCUCCUGCGGAGGCACCACCGGCUAUGUGUGCGCUGGAAGUGGAUUCGGAGACUGCUGCUCCCCGUACGGCUGGUGCGGCUCAACCAGAGAUCACUGCGGGCCCGGAUGCCAGCCGCUCUUCGGAGCCUGCAACGCCACGUCUACGCCGACUGGCAGCGCGCCGCUCCCGUCUUCCACGCUCAAGGUCUCGCUGGACGGUGCGUGCGGCGGGACUACGGGCCAGACGUGCGUAGGCAGCGAUUUCGGUACAUGCUGCUCGGAGUAUGGAUACUGCGGCGCCACGGCGGACUAUUGCGGCGCGACUUGCCAGCCUGAAUUCGGGAUUUGCAGCACGGCCGCCGCCAAGCGGGCUGUCGCGAGGCAACAACGGCCGCGUGCGGCUUCCCCCAGAGAAGCUAGGGGCGUGGUGGAACGUGCGAUUGGUGGCGCGGGACCGGAUUACACGUAUCCACCUAUUCCGCACACCACGGUCACGGCUGGCGUUACUCAAGUUGUCACUGUGACUCCCUCCGGGGGUGUGAGCACGACUACAGUGUUGGGCGUUUCGACGACGACUGUGGGGGCCGGGGUGGUUACUAUCACGGAGGUUGGAGGGACAGCGAGGAGCACAGAGACCGUUACCGCUUCGUUGUGUUCGUGA